GAGGAGCCAUGGACGAAGAGGUUUGAGCUCCUCAAACGAUUGUGUGUCAGCAUUCGCCGUUAUACUACAUAGGCCUCUCUCCGCUAUACAGUCUAUCCAUCAUUAACCUAUCAAUUCACUCGUGUGGAAGGCAGCACUAGCCCAAUCCAGGGCAGCAGCUCAUCCAGGAGCAGCAAGGAGGAUCGAAGCAUCAGAGAGAAAAAAGAAAAAAAAAAAACAAGGAGCCCCCCCAAAAAAGAUGGCGAUCAAUAUAAGAGCUUACUCGAGAGACUCGGACACGAGCGCCGGAGUCGGAAACGCCAUCAUUCAACAGCAUCACGCACCGCCAGGUGUGUUAAGAGGAUUGCCGAGAGAUUUCGGCGUUGGACCACCGUCACAUCAUCAGUCGGCAUCAGCUGGCGGCCAGCAGCAGCAUCCGGGCAGCAGAGGCAACCGAGGCAACAACCGGAGUGACGUUUCCAUUCAGGUGGACGUAGGAUCGACUAAGGCGACCAACAGCGGAGGCGUUGGCGAUCGAAUGGGUCGCACGACGAAAAAUCAACGCGGAGCUUCCGGCGGCGGAAGCAAAGCCGAGACUCCACCCACUACAUCACAGCAGCAACAAUACGAGACGGCCCUCUACUCGCGCGAAGACAUUCGCGAGCAAUAUUGCAUCAACAAGAAAGAAACGGACGUGCUGGAUCGCUCGUCCCACGUGCGCCAAAGAGCCAAAGGAUUUUUCGGAUGCCUAACGAGUCGCAAGGAUCACGGUGCCAAGAAGAAGAAAUCGCGUUCGUCUUUCUUUUCGGCUUUGUGCGUCCGCCGGGCCAGCGAGGAGAACCUGUACAACGGCUGCAAUAAACCCGUGGCCAACACCAACCGCAGCGUCACUCUGCCGGCCCUCCAGCCCUUCACGGUUCCCCUGCGCGACGAUGGAUCCAAUCAGCCCUCCUUGUUCCGCAACCGGCCUCAAUCGUUCUGCACAACUGACCCCCGGCGAUUCUCCAUGCAGACCUCAACUACGCCUUGCAUCGUUAACAGUUACGCUCCUAGACAUUCGGAUCCCGACUGGAAGAUCAGCACUUUGCCCGUUCAUCGAACGACCAGUGAUGUACCGCACGACACUGAGAUUUCGGGAUCGAAUCAUCCGUUCCGCUACGGUGGGCGGCUGGCCUACACGCAGCCCAACACUCCGGAAUUGUCUGCGGCUCUCUACCGACGCCAGGUCAUGUCCAGCGAGGCCCUUUUGGACGACAGGCGAUCGACAGGAUCCAUGUCGAAACACGUCAGCUUCGACGCUUCAUCCCCUUGCUCGGAGAUUUAUACUUCGGCCGUUCCGGCUAAUGCUUCCAAGAGCCAGGAGAGGCUCCUUGAUGGUCGUAAAACUCCUGAGCCCUUUCUAGAAUCCAAGCGACAUCCGCACCAGACGGCGGCAUUUUCGCCCGUCCUAGCCAGAGCCAUUCUUUUAGAGAGAUUGCGCCAGGCGUCGAUGCGGAGCCAGGCAACGCAAACGGAAGGUUAUUAUAAUUCGACAACGUCACUCUCCUAUCCCAGUUGCUACAGCGGCGCCGGAUCGCAAGUGUCAAUUCCGGGGGCUGCCAGUACCGUCACACGUCAAGUUCAAACCAAUUUUGAACCGCGUAAACAAACGAAACGGCUCACGCGGAGCUCAUCGGCCGUCAAUCAGGACGCAGAAGCGGAAGGAGAGGCCGCCGCCAUCAAGACGGAGGCGGAAUUCCAGUCGCUCAAGCGCAUGCCGGACGAGCUGAGUCAAUCCCAGCCGGAAGAGAUUGGCGACUAUAAGAAAAUCUCGUCACCUGAGCGCGGCGGCGGAUCGCCCAGCAAACAGCGGCGCUCCAACAGACGUCGGCAGCUGUUGAAGGCCCUGUCGGAAGGAACGAUCCUGCUGGAUAAGAAACGGGCCCGGCGUUUCGCUUCCGGCUAUGUGGAGGUGAACGUGCAGGACGAGCGUUCGCCCGUCGAAGAAGAAAUUGUGGCCGGUCGCGUUCUGGUUCACGACCCGACCCGCUACUUGAGCGGAAGUGGAUCCAGCGAUGAUGGCAGUCUCAACGACGACGAUCUCUUUGCUUCCUCGCUUCCGGCGAAACCAGACAUGAACCGCUCGUUGGGCUUCACCGACGUGGAAGAUGUCGUCUGGUCUGAUUCGGAGCCUCAUCCGCACGAUGGGCCUCCUCCCCAUCCGGCGGAAGAAGGCAAACUGCUGCAGGCCCAGAAAUCGUUCGACUCGAACGCUUCGUGUCCGGAUACGGCCGGCAACUAUAGCGACGAGUUUGGCAGCACUUCGCAAGUCACAGUCCUCCAGCCGCAUUCAUCCGCCCGGCAGAGCGGAGGUGGUGGCUCGGAUGACAAAGGCAGCACCUCCUUUGUUGUUACCUGCGAUUCAGAUUUAGAUCCACCCCAUCCGCCCACUCCGCCUCCCAGGCGACCGCCAGCCCCCACCGAUCCCCCAUCCGCCGAACUAUCCGAGACGGAGAAGGAAAUCAUGGUCCAGUUUCCACCCUGGCCGGGAUCUCAGGACGCUCAGGAGUUGCUUCCGGCACCACCCAAUUUCGCCUGCUCAUCCCUCAACUCGUCUCAACUUCCCUCGGCGGAUGAAGAAGAGGAUCAAAUCGUGACGUCAUCAGCUCCUCCACUUGCCACCGCAGCCAUCGCUCCGGAUAUUGAUCCGUCGAGUCCCAACCAGCAAAUGAGUCAGCGUGUUUUAUUGCGUCACUUGAAGAACGGCUCGAAAAGCAUGUCGGAGACUAUUACUUCCGUCGAUUCCGACUCUUCCGGACGUCGAGUGAAGGAGCAUGAAACGUCGGCCAGCUCUGAGCCGCUCAGCCUUCCACCCAGCGAACUGAAUAGUCCCCUGCAGGCGGACGUUAAUAACAGCGUAAACGGCUUUGACCUCUUGAGGUCGUUCGUUUGUGAUGUCAAUGCUGGCUUUAGUUUUGUGAAAAAUUCGGCAAAAUACUACGACGAUUGCGCCAGGAUUCUUGGAAAUAUAAUUCCACGUCGUUUGGCGCCCACUUUACAUAUUCCGUGGGCUCUGCCUUUCCAGCUCGAUGACCCACCGAUAGUGCCUACGACUUUUGGCAAGAUGAUGGAAUUGCGUCGUGUUGUGGCCGUCAUUCGUCACGGAGAUCGGACGCAGAAGCAGAAAAUGAAAAUGGAAGUCCGUCAUCCCAGGUUAUGGCGAAGCUAUCAAGAAAACCAAGAAAAAUGUGAAAUGUGUGAGCAUCAGGGUAUUGACAUUUACUCUGUGAACGCGGCUGCUCACGCGGGUCGCUUCAACAUGAGGUUAAUGGACGAGACGGAGAAAUUCCUCCGCGACAAGAACAUCACCAUCAGACCCAGUUCGUCAUCUUACGCGCAUUUACUUUUCCAGACAGCGACCGAAGCUGAACAUCUUAGUCGUGCCGCAUUAACUAGUAUUGAGACAACCAGAGAACGUGGCAAAAGGUUGAAACUUGAACCUGAAAUUGCCGGGUUCGCACUGCUGUAA